AUGAGCGCGGCGCCGCACGACGAGGUGCUCGCCGCGCAGGAGGCGCACCUGAAGGGGCUCGCCGACUCCGAGGAGCGCACCAUCUUUGAUAAGAUUGUCUCCAAGGAGAUCCCGGCGACCGUCAUCUACGAGGAUUCUCUCGCGUUGGCGUUUCGGGACAUCAACCCGCAGGCGAAGACGCACUUCUUGGUGAUCCCGAAGAUUCGCGCGGGCUUGACCAGGCUCUCAAAAUCGACGGAGGACCACAAGGCUCUAUUGGGACACCUGAUGUACACCGCCGCGCUGGUGGCAAAACAGGAAAAGCUUGACGCCGGGUAUCGCGUAGUCGUCAACGACGGCGUCGAAGGUUGCCAAAGCGUCUACCAUCUUCACCUUCACGUCCUUGGCGGUCAGCAACUCUCGUGGCCUCCGGGUUGUUAA